AUGAACAAUUUAACUUCAAAGGAUACAACAAGACAGGACAGUUUUAACAUAACUAGAGUAUAUAAAACACUUGAUAUAAUGUUUGAAUAUGAUGAAAUGUUUCACGAAAAGAAAGCAGGUGAACUAGAUGAAAUGCAACAAAACACAAUGGAACUUCAAACAAAUGAACUAAUCAAAUUUAAAAAAUGGAGACAAACAAAGUGCAAUAAAAUGCCUAAUGAAAUCUUAAAGAUAACAGGAUCUUCAUCAUUUAAUGAGAAAGAUGUUAGAUUAUACAAGUAUUCAAAUAAAGCUUUCUCAACAGAUAAAUCUGAAAAUUCUGAUGAGAAUGAUGAAUUGUUUGGAUCUUCUGGCGACAAACGUAUUUGUAAAAAUUUAAAUAUGUCACAUAGUAAACAUAUUAAAAAUGAUGCUUUAGAAAACAACAAAAUGGAAAUGUACUUGGUUGAACAACAAUUCAGGUCAUCACCUCGUAAAAGAACGUCACAGAGUCAAAUAAAAAUGGAAGAAUUUCUAUCAAAUUCUAAAGAAUUUUCAGCAAAGCAAGUUAAAGAAUUGUCAAAGGUACCUUUCCCAUCUUUAAGUUUGGAAAGUCUUGAAUUAUCUUACCACGAUUCAGUGAGACCAACGAAAAAUGGCAGAAAUCUUGCAGUAUUAAAGAGAAAUAUAAUGGCUGAUGAAACUAAUAAAAUGUUAAUUAGCAGCAAAAACAGUCUCAAUAAACAAAGGACACCAAAAAAAGAGGAAGUCAAUGUAAUUAAAGCCCAAUACUUUACAAACUAUAAAGAAAAUAUGAUGAAUAAUAGACAGCAUCUUCCUAAAAGCACAUCAGUUAAUUUAGCAAACAGUAUAAUAAAUAAACACGGUUUUGUGAAAGGUAGUUUGACAAGUAGAAGUGAAGAGUCUUUAUUUGAAACAGCUUUACCUACAAAAUCAGGCCCAAUACACCCGGGAUUACUUCCACCAGCAAUUGUGCAGAUACUACCUAAAAUAAGGGAAUUGAGAAAGCAGGAAAACCUCAGUCGAACUCCAAUGUUCACGAGUUUGUUAAUGAACUUUCCGUGUACAAAAUCAAAACAAAUUAAACGGCAAAAUUCAGAAUUUGAUUUUUUAGUUAAAACGUCAUAUAAAUUGCCUUCAUUACAUGAUAAGGUAGAACAAGAAAAGAGAAAAUUAGAGGUGAAUAAAAUGAAAAUAACAAAUAAACUUGGGUAUAGAAAACAAAUUUCAGAAACUCCAAACAUUCAGGUAGAGCCUUCAUUAACUAUCACGUCUCUUUCAAAAAUGGGAUCAAUUUCGACAAUACAACCAACGUCGUCAAUUACUUCACGAUCUACUUAUCAAGUAAUUCCGCAAAAACCUCAUAAAACACAGAAAAAAGCAAUAAAACCGUCAGAAAAUCCAUUAGAUAUAGAUAUCAGGAACUUUGAUUUGAAUUUCGAUACACAAAACUUUUACAGUGGUUUGGCAAAUUUCUAG